AUGCUUCGACCGGGACAACCCUUGCAAUGUUUGAGUAUUCAAAUAGAGCUGGAAAAGGUCAGAAUCACACUCCAAGAUGGUCAAGUUGUGGAGAAAUGUGGAUUCCGGAUAGGUGGUGGUAUUGACCAGGAUCCGGAAAAGAGUUCUUUCAACUAUCCUGAUACUGUAUGUAUUUUGUAUCCUAUUUUACUUCGUCUAUAACCUUUUUUACUUUACUUUAUUGCAGGGAAUCUACAUAACCUCGAUUGAACAUGGAUCUCCAGCCGAAGUAGCCGGUCUACGACAACACGACAAAAUUCUAGAAGUAAGUCGUAUUUAUUAAAGUAGUAAUAACAGUAAUUCAGGUAAAUGGAUAUGAUUUCACUAUGGUAACGCAUGAUCGGGCAGUCAAAUGUAUAAAGCGGAGUUCGCUGUUGAAGAUGUUGAUAGCCAGGAGGGAAGUGGCUAUCUGA